AUGCAUAGACUGCAUGCAUUGUACAGGUUUGAACAUGAGAAAUUAAACGGAUCCGAGGGACAAAGAGAUACGGCAUUAAAAAUUGUUGAAACAUGUUGUCAACAAUUAAAAAAUUAUGAUGAACAAUUUUUAGUAUUGGAAAAAAAUUUAGAACUACAAGAAAAACAUAUGAAUUCAACAAAUAAUACGUCAAUGUUAUUAUUUGAGGAUGAUGAUUACGAUGAUAUUAAACCAAAUCAAAGUCAGUUAAGUACAAUAACAUCAAACAAUGAACAACUACAACAACAACAUGAUACUUCGAUGGAAACAAAUAGUACAACCAUGCUGUAUGGAAUGUCAUUGGCAACAUUUAUUAGUCGAGAUUUCUCGUGUAUUAAUGAGAAUGAAAGUAUGAUCGUUAAUGAUGAUAAUCCAAUCAUUAGUUUUAAUUCAUCAGCAUCUAUAAACGAUGAUAACAAUCAACCUAGUGAGAAAAAAGAAAAUAAAUCGAAUCGACGUGGUGAUACAAUUGAAGAUGUUUUAGGUGAUAUAAGUGAAUCGGACCAAUCAUCGGAUGAUGAUACUGAAAAAAUAACAUCUAAAAAGACACUUGAUUCUUCGUCAUUAGCAACAGUUUUAUCCGCAGAUAUUUUUUCAUCUAAUGAAACGUCUUCAGCAAAAGAAUCUCAUUCAAAACAUCGUCAUCAUAGUCAAAAACAUUCGAAAAAACGUAGUUCAUCAAAAUCAAUACAACAUCCCGUGCAAUCUAGUCUCUUGAAUAAUGUGGAUGAUGCACUACAAUUAUCAGAAUCUGAAGAAGAUUGA